CGUCGUUUUAUCCAUCCCCGCGCUCGCGUCCUCCCAUAAAAACCAUCGCAUCGCGGUUGCGGCGCGCGCGCACCACCGGACCCGAAUCGCACUCACUCCCUCUGACGCACGGCCAGCUCAGCGUCGCGGAGCGCGCACGCUCUCCAAAUCCGACAGACGGCGGAGGGGGGCCGAGUCCGGCAGCGUGGCGCGAGGCCGGGAGCUUUGAGGGGCCAUAAGGAAAUGGCGGGCGCGGCGAGGAAGAAGCUUGUUGGGCGGUACGAGGUGGGGCGGACCAUCGGGCAGGGGUCGUUCGCCAAGGUGAAGUUCGCGGUCGACGCCGACACGGGCGCCCCCGUCGCCAUGAAGGUGCUCGACAAGGCCACCAUCCUCAACCACCGGAUGCUGCAACAGAUCAAAAAGGAGAUAUCAAUAAUGAAGAUUGUAAGACAUCCCAACAUCAUCAGGCUAAACGAGGUUCUAGCUGGACAGACAAAGAUAUACAUAAUCAUGGAGCUUAUCACUGGAGGCGAGCUGUUCGAUAAAAUAGCCCGCCAAGGGAAGCUUCGUGAAAAUGAGGCUAGGAAAUACUUCCAGCAGCUUAUUGAUGCCAUUAACUAUUGCCAUAGUAAAGGUGUCUAUCAUAGAGAUCUGAAGCCUGAAAACCUGCUUCUUGAUUCACGUGGGAACUUAAAAGUUUCUGAUUUUGGACUUAGCUCGCUGUCGCAAAACGGCUUUCUUCACACGACAUGUGGCACACCGAAUUAUGUUGCUCCUGAGGUGCUUAGCGACGGUGGCUAUGAUGGAUCUGCAGCAGAUGUUUGGUCAUGUGGUGUUAUUCUUUAUGUUUUAAUGGCUGGGUACCUUCCCUUUGAAGAAAAUGAUCUCCCAACCUUGUAUGACAAGAUAACUGCAGCUCACUUUUCAUGCCCAGAUUGGUUCUCUCAAGGAGCCAAGUCAUUGAUCCAGAGAAUACUUGAUCCAAAUCCAAAAGCUCGUAUCACUAUUAAAGAGAUGAAGGCAGACACAUGGUUUAGCAAGAAUUAUGUAGGCGUUAGACAUGGUGAAGAUGAAAACGUCAGUCUGGAUGAUGUACAGGCUGCUUUUGAUAAUAUCGAGGACAAGUAUGUAUCUGAGCAAGUGACUCGUAAUGAUGGUGGUCCUCUUAUGAUGAAUGCCUUUGAGAUGAUUACCCUAUCUCAAGGUUUAAAUCUUUCAUCAUUAUUUGAUAGACAACAGGAGUAUGUCAAACGCCAAACUCGCUUCGUAUCAAGGAAACCUGCAAAGACUAUAGCAGCUACUAUUGAAGUUGUCGCUGAUUCCAUGGGUCUCAAGGUGCAUUCCCAGAAUUACAAGUUACGUCUUGAAGGAGUAUCAUCAAACAAAAUGAGCCCAUUCGCUGUUGUUCUAGAGGUGAUUUAUCAAGCGUUUCAGUUUGUAAUUUGUUCACAAACAACGUUUCACAUAUACUCUCAUGAUUUCGAGUGCAUUAUUUUCAGAUAUUUGAAGUCGCUCCCGCUUUAUUUAUGGUGGAUGUUCGAAAGGUCGCUGGUGACUCUCUGGAAUACCACAGGUUCUACAAGAGCUUAUGCAGCAAACUCGAGAGCAUAAUCUGGAGACCAAUAGAGGUUUCUGCAAAAUCUGCGUUGCUGAGGACAACUACUUGCUAGUAUGGCACUACCACGGAUACCUUUGCCAAUAAGAUUUCCAAUUGCCAAGUUGGAGCUUUGCUGCUGCAUCCGGCAUCUCUUGCGAACCGCUUGCUGAUCCACACGCCCUUCAUCCAUCCCAGUUGCUUCUGCGGUGACUGUAACUGUGUGUUACCAUAGCUGAGUGACUUGGGUCAACCCUAGUAGAUCAGAUAAUGCAGUCUGCUGCAUUGCUAGUUUGACAGUAUUGUAGAUAGUUUGUGUCGAGCUAAAUAGCGAGUACGGUCCGGAUGAAGCAGGUACAUAGGCUUCACGCUAGAUCAUGGGUAUAGAUAAUAAGCUGGCUGUAAGUGUUCAUGGCAAACCUUGCAAAUGCUUGUAAGGCUGCAGCAUGAUCCGAGUUUUCUGAAGUUUUUGAUCAUUCUGCCGCCGAAAAAAAGGGGAAAGGGAGGAUGAUCUGUGAACAAGAAGCAUCUAUCUGAUGCUGGAAACUGCAUAACAUUUAGCCGGGCUCAGUUCAUUCUUUUACAAGGGUUAGGCGAAAAAGAAACAUCUGUGGCUGCAGAGGCAUGUCUCAGUCAUGACGGUAAAAAGGCCAAGGACCUCGAUUUGAUUUGAUUUGAUUUGAUUUGAUAGCAGCCUAACUGGCCGGUGCAAAUGUUGGAGUAUAAUGUCGGCCCUCUUCCAUAAUUCAGACUUUUGGGGCAACCGGCUGGUGCAUGAAUUCAAUAACAAA